UUACCACGUUAUUACGACCAUCGUCCAACCACAAGACUUGUUUGACAUCAAUAGUUAUUCGUUCAAAUAUAAUAUACAGGGAAUCGUGAUGAUGCAGCCAACAGGAAUCGUGUCCGUGUGCUUACUGUUGUUGGCUAGUCGUGCAGUGCAGGGACACGCGAUUGGUGAUAACCGCGCGGACUACGGUGACACCGGAAUCGCUGCAGACCGGAAGAGAGACGCCUCGCAGCAGUCGAAGGCGUUGGACAUGGAGUCGAUAUUUGCGGGUUUCGCCAAGUCGAUGAUCAGCAGGACUGGAGCCACCAGUAGUCAAAUGCUCAGCCUAAACAUGUCCAACGUGGUGUUAAUGCUGGUUCUCAAGGGACUGAUCUGGGGAGCGUCGUAUAUGCAGGGGUACGGUGGCAAAAGUCGGAAGGAUGGACCGGAUGCAGCAGGGACYGGACUCAUGCAGAACAUGGUCACUGAAACGGAUUUACUGUUGUUCCUUGGAUAUUUGGUGGCCGAUGAAUCAGGUCGCUACGAUUGCCUAAACCGCGUGGCUUGUGAGCAACCGGCCAGGGCCGAGAGCUACCUGAAGAGCGCCGAAAUGGUCUGGAAAACGGCUAAAUUACUGGACGGUGUGAUGCCAAUAGACGCGAAAUACGAGCAAAUGUUGAUCAAGUUGCAAGAAGCCAUUGAAGAUGGUAGGGCAGACGGAGAUUGUCAGGCCAAAUACAAAUGUUCCGAAUCGAACAGCUCCGAAGAUAACUUAGAUCUGAUUUAAAACAUAAAUAAAAUUUGUUUUGACUUUUUGAGUUUUGACAAAACGAAAACUCUGUGCGCAGUCAUAUUGUGUAUACAUUCGAUUGUUAUUGCAUAUUUUAUCCACACAGUAACACACUUAAA